GGGCGAGUCCGGACUUUCUAGGAUUAUGCAAUCAAUGCCAGUCGCUACUGAGAUUACAUUGCUGCCUGAGCGCUGAGCAUUUGCCUUCAUGAAGACUGAUCUACCGUUAUAAAUACACCGCUGUAUCAUGAACACAUCCCAGCGCCCCUGGGUUUUCUCGCUUGUUGCAACUCUCUGCUUCACUUUAGUACGCGUCAACGAAUGCAGGACCAGAAUCUACUACAUAGGAAUCAAAGAAGAAUCCUGGAAUUAUGCACCGAGUGGCAAAAACAUUAUAAAGGGACUCAGCAUUGAUGAGGACAAACAUGCUUCAGUGUACCUGCAGCAAGGGCCACACAGAAUAGGAAGCGUGUACAAGAAGGCUGUGUAUUCGGAGUACAGAGAUGGCAGCUAUACUCAAGAGAUCCCCAAACCCAAAUGGCUUGGGUUCCUUGGGCCAGUGCUAAAGGCUGAGGUGGAAGAUGUGAUAGUUGUCCACUUGAAGAACUUCGCUUCCCGGCCUUACUCCCUGCACCCCCAUGGUGUGUUCUACGAGAAGGACUCUGAAGGUGCACUGUAUCCUGACGGGACAUCUGGAAAACAAAAGAAGGAUGAUUCUGUGCCUCCAGGAGGAAGUCACACCUACACCUGGCGAGUGAAGGAGCAAUACGCCCCCACUGAGGACGAUCCAAACUGCCUGACGUGGGCCUACCACUCUCACAGAGAUGCACCCAAGGACGUUGCCUCAGGACUGAUAGGCGCUCUCCUCACUUGUAAAAAGGGUGUCUUACAGGGGCAGUCCCAAGAUCGGACAGACGUUGACAAAGACUUUAUCUUGAUGUUCACUGUGGUGGAUGAGAAUCUGAGCUGGUACCUGGAUGAAAACGUAGAGGCGCACUGCACAAACCCCUCCACCGUUAACAGGGAUGAGGAGGAGUUUCUGGAAAGUAACAGAAUGCAUGCUAUCAAUGGCUAUCUGUUUGGAAACCUGCCUGGUCUUGAGAUGUGUGCUAACAAGAAGGUGUCCUGGCACAUGCUUGGAAUGGGGAGUGAGGUUGAUGUCCACUCUGCUUAUUUCCAUGGGCACACCGUCUUGGACAGGGGUCACAGAAGUGAUGUCAUCAGCCUCUUUCCAGCCACGUUUGUGACCGCAGAGAUGAUCACAGAGAACGUUGGGAAAUGGAUGCUGACCUGUCAAGUUAAUGACCACAUACAAGCUGGGAUGCAGGCGCUGUAUCAGGUGUCAGAAUGCAGUGCCGGAGUUCACAAAACGCCCUCUAUUGGCAAAGAGAGGAAGUACUACAUUGCUGCUGAAAGUGUAUUGUGGAACUACGGUCCUUUGGGUUACAGCACUUAUGAUGGUCUAGCACUGAAUGUUACUGGAAGUGAGUCUGAACCGUUCUUCGGUAAGAGUGGGGGCAGGAUCGGAGGAGAGUACAUGAAGCUUGUUUAUGUGGAGUACACUGACAAGACGUUCGCCACGAAGAAGGAGCGGACCAGGAGUGAAAAACACCUUGGGAUCCUUGGUCCGGUUAUCAAGGCUGAAGUUGGUGACACAAUUUUAGUGGAAUUCAUGAAUAAAGGGGACAAGAAUUUGAGCAUUCAACCACAUGGAGUACACUAUAGCAAAGGAUCUGAAGGCACAAACUAUAUAGAUGGUUUUGAGAAACCCGGAUCUCAUGUUCAGCCCAAUGAGAUCUUCACUUACAGAUGGACAGUGACAGAGGGCCCUUCCCAGAGCGAUCCGAACUGCCUUUCCUACCUCUACUACUCAGCAGUCGAUCCUGUUCAGGACACAAACUCUGGACUCGUCGGGCCUCUGCUAGUGUGCAGGAAGGAUGCACUCAAUGAGAAAGGCUUACAGAGAGGGGUUGAUAAGGAGUUCUAUCUGCUGUUUACUGUUUUUGAUGAGAAUUUGAGCUGGUUUCUAGAAGGCAAUAUUGAGAGGUUUGCAGCAGAGCCCUCCAGUGUAGAUCAGAUGGAUGAAGACUUUCAGGAAUCCAAUCAAAUGCAUGCGAUUAAUGGAUACAUGUUUGGUAAUAUGCCCGGCUUGGACAUGUGCAAGGGGGACAACGUCUCCUGGCACUUGAUGGGACUGGGGACUGAGGUAGACAUUCAUGGGGUCUAUUUCCAAGGAAACACCAUUCAGAGAGGAGGAAUGACAAGAGACACUCUCAGCCUGUUCCCCCACACCUCAGUCACUGCAGCCAUGCAGCCUGACACUAAUGGCAAAUUUGAAAUAAGCUGCAGGACCAGCGAUCAUUACUUGGGGGGAAUGAAAGGGUUUUAUUCUGUGCAUGACUGUGGCAACAGGACUGUCCCACACCAGCUGUUUGGCUUCUUGAGGACAUAUUACCUCGCUGCCGAGGAGCUGGAGUGGGACUAUUCACCGGACAGGAGCUGGGAGUUGGAACUACACAAUGCCUCUGUGGAGGAGAGUUACGGUCACGCCUUUGUUGGUAAAGGGGAAGAUCUGAUUGGUUCCAGGUACAGAAAGGUUGUGUACAGAGAAUACACCAACAGCCAGUUCACAGAGCUGAAAAAGAGACCUCCACAGGAACAACACUUGGAGAUAUUGGGCCCAAUAAUAAGAGCAGAAGUUGGAGAUGCCAUACUAGUUGUUUUUAAGAACAAGGCCAGUCGCCCUUACUCUGUUCAUGCUCACGGUGUGGAACGGGUCAAUUUGAAUAACACACUUGAAGUGCCAAAUACUGAGCCAGGUGACAUAAAGAUGUACAGAUGGAAUGUUCCUGAAAGAUCCGGCCCUGGCAGAUCUGACCCCAACUGUUUAACUUGGGUUUAUUAUUCAUCAGCUGACAUUGUGAAAGACAUGUACAGCGGUCUGAUUGGACCACUGAUAACAUGUCGGAAAGGAGUUUUGAAUGAGAAGGGUCUGAGGAGCGACGUGGACAGAGAGUUUGCUCUUCUCUUCAUGGUGUUUGAUGAGAACAAGUCCUGGUAUCUGAAUGAGAGCAUUCAAACAUACCUCCAUAAAGACCCCAAGGAGGUUGAAAAAGACGAACAUUUCUUAGAAAGCAAUAAAAUGCAUGCAAUCAAUGGGAAAAUCUAUGGGAAUCUUCAUGGUCUCACAAUGACUCAGAAGGAGAAGACUGACUGGUACUUGCUGGGAAUGGGCAAUGAAAUGGACAUACAUACGGUUCAUUUCCAUGCACAGAGCUUCAUCUUUAAGACAGACAAAGCGCAUCGAGCAGACGUGUAUGAUCUCUUUCCCGGAACCUUCCAGACUGUGGAGUUGAUAGCAGCGAACCCUGGAACCUGGCUCCUGCACUGCCAUGUGGCAGAUCACGUCCACGCCGGCAUGGAGACGACAUUCACAGUCGUCAGCCAAUCGGCUGCGGGUGAGUUGAAAAUCAAUUUCUUUGGGAAGAAGCUGGGCAAUACAGAAGCUAAAGCAGCACUGAUCACACUCGUCAUCUUAGGAUUACUGUACUGAUUCUUGUAUUGAUCGCUUUCCUUACUCUUUAAAGAGGAGGAAGUCCUGUUUUCCUGUUCAAAGAUCCGUGUUGCCAAAUGAUAAUCUAUGAACUAGAAAAUGAGACUGUUCUGGCACAAAAUAGUUCCUAGUGCACUCCAAUGUUUAUGCUGCUAAUAUUUUUAAGACUCUUUUAAAAAUAAAUAUGGCCUUAGUUAUCUAAUAUUGAACACUCUGCAACUUUGCACCUGGUUUGUGGUUUUCAGAUUCUGUACCACAGUUUUAGGUUGAUGUGGCUGAAUGUUUUCAAAGGGAAAUGAAUGCACUAGACAUUACAAAAAAAUUAUAUAUUUUUUAAGGAAUGUGUGUUAAUUGAUUGCACUGCACAAUAACAGAUACAGAACAGGUCUGAAUUCCAGUCUGGUUCUAAAGUAUAAUUGAAGAGUGUGCUGUUGUAACAUGUUUAACUGUGUAUCACGUGGAAUGAUACAGUAUAUGUACAGUGAGAACUGGAGGGACCGUUGGUACUGUAUUUACAAGGUUCCAACAUACAUUAUUGCUAAUGCUGCUGAACAAAGCAGUGUACCAUUGUAAUUUAUAGAUGGGUAAAUGAAGCAUAUAACUUGAAUGCAGUGUUAGAUAUAGUGUCUGUUUGUAAAAAUGAGGCUGCAUUUAAUAAGUUAAGCAUGUGUUAAAUUACUUACCAACAAAACUCUUUCUAUGGUUGCAAAUCACUUCUGCAACACAGUACCUAGUUAUUGUUGUGUCUUAUUAUUGCUUAUAAUUGCUGUGUGUACAGUUACUGUACAUUGCAUUUUUGUUUUGUUUUUUUGUUUUCCACUGAUUUAAAUUUAACACCAUUUUUUUAAACUUUAAACACAUUUUGUUGUUGUUGUAAUAAAUGCAUAAUGAUAAUAUAGUAUCAUACCACAAAAGUGAGUGGCAUUUUUUCUAAUAAAAAAGUUCCCCUCCAAA